GAGAGUCCGCGAGGUCACAUCGCCCUUUUCUGACCAUCCAUCCAUCCAUCCAUCCAUCAUCUAUCUACACAUACAUCCAUCUAUCACGCAAACACACAUUCAUCCAUCGCCGUCCUCCUCCUCAUCCUCCUCGCUGCGACCAGUUUCCUACCAUCGAAACGCCAGAGCAUUGACGCGCCGUCGCACUUGGUACAAUCCCAGCUUGUGUUUGCUUGUGCAUCGUUUCAGACAGUCCAUCCGCAGGUCCUCUCAGGGAUGCUGGAGGUGUUGGUGGGAGGUGAGCGUGCCAGAGAAGAGAUGUGGUGGUUUGUAUCAUCUUCGUCACUUUUGAUGAUAUUGGAUGCGUGACGCGCUUGAGAUCUUGGUGUUGGCUGUUGCAUGGGGUGGAACUGUGGCGUGAACCAGUUGCUCGGCACAAUACUGGUGAUUCCUGUGUGCGGUGGAGGUUUUCGUUCCGGUGCACUGUCUCAGGCUUCCACUGGAAUUAAAGCUUGAUAGGUUCUAGCUGGGGGCUGUUGAAUUCCGAGUGGUGGGGCGUCAGGUGGCUGAAAGUGGAGAGGUGAACGUCGUCGGUGCAUGAGGGUUAUGAUGUUUGUGGGUGGGAGUGGCUUCUUGUUAGACUGAUCACCGAGAGGUUUUAUUUUGUACUGGAGGUGAAUUACUUGUGGCACUGGUUAAUCUUGAAGCUAGAGCUACAUGGGCGAGGUUCUUAUUCUAGUGAUUGAAUGAAAACUUAGAGUACAUGUAGAAUACCAUGAUCAGGUCUGAAGAAUUAGCUUCUAACUGACUCUUACAGAUACGAGCAAGGCGGUUUAAAUGCCUUCGUGUUUCGAAGCGUCAUUCGUGACGACUGUAAGAGAGGAGUGCUGUCAUGGAGUGCUUUCAAGCAUUAGCAGGGGACUCUAGGAGCUUUGUGACGGUUUUUAAUUGAUACUAAAAGUUGUAUUUGUAGUGAUCAUCACGGCAAUAAUCGAAAAGCAAAGCAAUGUCAGAAGUUGUUGAGAGGGCAAUCGAUGCUGGGAUGCGCCGCUAAUCUAAUCUUCGUUCCUACUCAACUGCAUUUGCGAACACCAUUCGCAACCCAUUAAAUCCGAUCAGUACAUAUUUGAGCUCAGUAGGUACACAGCGCUGUAGCUUUGUCAGUUUUGAAAGCUAAUACUUGGAGCAGUCACUGGCAUGAUCUGCACUCGGAGUUGCUCCACCGAAAUAUCUUCUGUUUUUGGCCUACCUGAGAAUCGAUCAUCCUGUCUUCAUUUCUUUGCAACUAAUUUACAACUAGGUUUAUCGCAGUGAAGUACUAGUUACGCUAAUCACGACCCAACUUUUUAUGUUCAAUUUACCCCAUUCACCUAGUUGUGGUGCACCUUGCUCAAGAAUCUCUACCUCUCUUGUCCGUGAGGAAACCAAAGUUUUGGAGAAUUUGAGAUGCAUUUUUAUCGAAGAUGCACUUAGAUUGCCUGACCUUCACUUUGAGUAAAAUCCUUGAGUAGAUUAUCGGUGACGUUUGACUCCAAGACAUAGGUUUUUCCAUUGGUUUUAUUCCAAUAAUUUCUCCGGCUAUCGCAGUCCUUCAACCUCUUCAGCGUCUGAUAAUCUGAUAGAAAUCAAUUUGGUGGUUGGAGGAUAAUUAUUCCACAGUAGUGAACCACAAGAAUUAAUCCCAUUUUCAGAAUGGACGCUAGACAGGGAUUGCCGAUGCUGAACCACCAGCUACAGCACACUCUCCGCAUGCUUUGCACCGAGAUGCAAUGGGUUUAUGCAGUCUUCUGGCGUAUUUUGCCGCGCAAUUACCCUCCCCCACAAUGGGACAAUGAAGGGGAUUCGAUGGAUAGGUCCAAAGGCAACAAACGCAACUGGAUUUUAGUGUGGGAGGAUGGAUUUUGCAACUUUUCGACAAGUGCCGCUGGCGCAGUGAAGGAUGUUAGGGGAGCGCUACCUUUUUUUCAAGCUGCCCAGCCGUGGCCACAAGGUAGCGACCACGAGAGAGAAGGCAUGAGCCCAGAUCUUUUCUUCAAAAUGUCUCACGACGUCUACAACUACGGAGAAGGAUUGGUUGGAAAGGUGGCCGCUGACAGCAGUCACAAGUGGGUGUACCGCAAGCCUGAGGAGCACAAGUUUAGCUUCCUCUCGCAGUGGCAUAGCUCGCUCGACCCUCACCCACGCGCAUGGGAGGCGCAGUUUAAGUCUGGAAUCGAGACCAUUGCAGUGGUGGCAGUUCAAGAAGGCGUCCUUCAAUUAGGUUCUAACAAGACGAUACUGGAGGACUUAAACUUUGUACUCCACACGCAAAGAGGGUUCAACAACCUACAAUCUGUCCCAAGGGUGUAUUUGCCCCACCCAAAUCAGUGCGGAAGGAAGAAGCAAUUGAAGAACGGCGGGUUCCAACCCUUCGAUCCUAACUACUGGAUGGCACCGUCUGACUGUGACAGAUACACGUCGAUUCCUCACCUGACUCCUCGGUCGAUUGACCAGUUCUUGUCUCCACAGAUUGGUCCCCAGCUCUGGUUCUCCUCCAGCGGCACCACAGUACUCGGUGUGAAGCGGCCCCCGGAGUCGGAGCCUUCGUCGCUAAGUUUCAAGAAACCUUCGUACAUGAACGGCAGCGGUGGUUUUAAGCACCAGCCUGAAUGUCCGUCCCCUCCCAAAUCCUUGGGCACAGGGCACAGAAAUCUACAAGGUGGGGCAGGUCUACCAAUUUUGAACGUGCUCCCCUCUAUGUCCAGCUUGCAGGCUCUGCUCUCUAAGCUGCCAAGCGUGAUACGCAUUGAGGGAGAGAGCACGUACACUGGCGCCAUAUCAACCGCCAGUGGCUUCGAUGUGGGGAACACCCUCGUGAGCAGCAAUUGUCCUCUGGUCAACCGUCCCGCCAUGAACUAUUCUUUCCAAGUCAGUCGUGCAGUUGAUGAUAGUAACGAUCACAUGCAGCGAAUGAUCUUCUCUGAUUCUGAAACAGGGGCAUCACAAGAGAUUAUCAGCACCAAUACGAGUUCCUCCCUAAGCUCGAGCAACUCCGAUAUGGUUUCGGGUGAGCACGCAUCUGACGAAACCAAUGGACGGUGGACCACUAGCAUGUCGAACCUCAAGGACAGCCACAAUUUCAGCAGCUCCUACCUCGAUACAUUCGAUAAUAUCCUCGACUUCGGUACUCACAUGAAUUCACUGGAGAUCGGUGACUGUUACAACUCAUUCUUGAACGAGAUCUACAGCUGAUGAAUUAGUCGCCGCCGCGGAUCGUUCAUCACCUGCAGAUCAGUAGCAGGAUGUGUACAAUCCCCAAAUAACUCACAAAUACUCCCCUGAUUUCUGGUUUGACCGCAAGGACAAUUGAGCAAAUUUGGGUUGAUCUAGCAUCAUGUCAGAUUCGAGAUGUAAUCCACUACUUGGAAUCUCUCACCUUCAACAUGGACUAAAUCAGAGAACCUGUACAUAAGUUAUUAGAUUCAGGGCAGGAUGCUUCAUGCUCUGCUGUUUAAUUGCUGCAAGGGAAGCAUACCUCGCAUGGUGGAACUAAAAAUAAACAGAUAUAUUAUACAGAUUGGUAGAGAGUGAGUCACAGGUGACUUCACAGUUCUCAGUGACUCAAGCUUGGCUGUGUGUUUGCUGUGUUCACCAAAUUACACAUUUGAAAACGUUACUUCUUUGUGCCGAAAACAGUUUAGGAGAACAACCUUCUGAUUCAACGUG